AUGAAGUUCUUCGCAGUCCUCUUCCUCAUCCCCUUCCUUGGAGGCGCCCUCGCUGCCCCCAGCCCAAGUGAAAUGAUCGCGGAGGCUCCGAUGCAGGAGAACUCUGAUAUGGACGCCAGCUCCCAGCUCUUGUCCGUUACUGCUGCUCAGUGUCCUCCCAGCCAUCCCUUGUACUGCCGUGCAUACAACUUCUGCUGUGUCAGGCAGGCAGUUUCCUGCUGUCCAAGGGCCUGCUGCGCCCGUGGCACCACCCACUGCGGAAGUGAUGGCCACUGCUACCGCCGUGGAUAA